UCUCCUGUCGAGAUGCCGGCGAGCCAGGAAGCAUGGGCUGCCCUUGGCCGUGCCAACUCCGGCGACGUCGGUGCCAGGGCACACUUUGUGUUCGUCCCGCUGAUGUUCCAGGGGCAUUUCAUCCCGUCCGUGGACACGGCGCUGAUGGUGGCCACCCACGGCGCGGUGGCCACCGUCGUCGUGACGGCGUCCUACGCCGCGCGCGUCCGCCGGACCGUCGACCUCGCGGCGCCGGGGCAGCCCGGUGCGUCGCCUGUCGACGUCAGGGUCGUGGCGCUCCCACUGGAUUGCGCCGCGGCGGGCUUGUUAGCCGACGGGAGCGACGACAUCGACAGGAUCCCGCUGGGGAUCGGGCCGAACUACUUCCGCGCGCUGUCGCGCCUUCGGGAGCCGCUCGAGCGCCGCCUCCGCGCCGCCGGCGCGCCGUACCCGACGUGCAUCGUGUCGGACUUCUGCCUGCCGUGGACGCAGGAGCUCGCCGCGAGCCUCGGCGUCCCGCGGGUCUGCUUCUUCAGCAUGUGCGCCUUCUACCUGCUGUGCCAGCACUACGUCGACCGGGACAAUGCCCUCGAUGGCGUCGUCGGCGACGACGUCGAGGUCAUCGUGCCCGGCAUGGGAGACAAAAGGCUAGUGGUGACAAGGGCCCAAGCGCCGGGGUUCUUCCGUCUGACCGGGUGGGACGGCUACGGCGACGCCGUCGAGCGCGCGCUGGAUACAGCCGACGGCAUCGUCAUGAACACCUUCACGGAGAUGGAGCCCGAGUUCGUCGCCGCCUACGCGGCUGCCAGGGGAAAGAAGGUGUGGACCAUCGGGCCAGUGUCUCUGUAUCACCGGCACACCAUGUCGCUGGCGGCGAGAGGGAGGACGGCGGACAUAGACGCCGACGAGUGCAUCCAGUGGCUGGACAGCAAAGAACCCAACUCCGUCGUCUACGUCAGCUUCGGGAGCAUCGCGCACACGGCCGAUCCAGAGCAGGUCGUCGAGCUCGCGCUCGGCCUCGAGGCGUCGGGGCGCCCGUUCAUCUGGAUGGUCAAGAGCGCGGAGCUGUACGGCGAGACGGUGCGCGAGUUCUUGCGUGAGCUCGAGGCCCGCGUCGCCGGCCGCGGCCUGCUCAUCCGGGGAUGGGCGCCGCAGGUGCUGAUCCUGUCCCACGUCGCCGUCGGUGGCUUCGUGACGCACUGCGGGUGGAACUCGAUCCUAGAAGCGAUCGCCGCCGGCCUGCCCGUGGUGACAUGGCCGCGCUUCUCCGACCAGUACCUCAACCAGAAGAUGGCCGUGGAGGUGCUCGGGAUCGGCGUGAGCGUAGGCAUCGUCGAGGAAGGCAAGGACAUCGUGGUGGGGAGGACGGUGGUGGAGAAGGCGAUCGGGAGCAUACUCGAUGGAGGAGAGGAAGGGGAGAAGAGAAGAAAGAGGGCGCGUGCCCUCGCGGAGAAAGCGAGGACGACGGUGCAAGAGGGCGGGUCGUCUCGUGACAAUCUGUUUGAUUUCGUCCAGUCUUUCAGAGGUGAAUAGAGGAGAUUUACUUCGGUACAACCCAAAAAAAUAGGGUAUGACAAAAAAGUUAUCUUGAGAUACCAAUAUCUUUCUGAUCAUUGGAUCUAACAGUGCACAUCUUACCCAACUAGAUCUAAUGGUGAGAAACAAUUUAGUACCUCGGGGUACUGGUAUCUCGAUAUACUUUUUGUUGGACCGGAGCAAAUCUCCGAACAGAGAUCCAUCGAAAUCUUUGCUGAAUGACCGAUAAAAUGUGUGUUUUGUUUUUUUGUAUGCGGUGAUGUACUUCUUCGAAGUUACUUUGUUAGAACUUAGACCAAAAUAAUAAAAAUCUCAUGGUCUUAC